AUGGUAUCCAAGGCUUCUACUGCAGUUUCCUCCAUCACUGAAGCAAAGGUGGCUCCCUCUCUGCCCACCAACAUUCCCUCUCACCUGGGUCUCAAGCUCGUUAAAGCAGCCUUAAAUGUGGGCAAUUUUAUGCGUGCCCACCAACUGUUUGAUAAUAUUCCUCAACCAGAUCCGACCACUUGUUCCACAUUGAUUUCAGCUUUCACCAUUCGUGGACUUCCAAAUGAAGCUAUAAAGAUCUAUGCUUCACUGCGGGCACGGGGCAUCAAACCCCACAAGAUGGUGUUUUUGGCAGUUGCCAAGGCUUGUGCUGCCUCUGGUGAUGCCUUGAGAGCCAAGGAGGUUCAUGAUGAUGCAAUUCGAUGUGGAAUGAUGUCAGAUGUUUUCUUGGGCAAUGCAUUGAUUCAUGCCUAUGGUAAAUGUAAAUGUCUCGAGGGCGCAAGGCGUGUUUUUAAUGAUUUGGUUGUGAAAGAUGUGGUUUCUUGGACCUCGUUGUCCUCAUGCUAUGUUAAUUGUGGAUUGCCUAGGCAAAGCCUGGCUGUUCUUCGCAAAAUGAUUUGGAAUGGGGUGAGACCAAAUUCGGUGACUGUGUCUAGCAUUUUACCCGCGUGCUCAGAAUUGAAAGAUUUAAACUCUGGAAAAGCAAUUCAUGGAUUUGCUUUGAGACAUGAGAUGGUAGAAAAUGUGUUUGUUUGCAGUGCACUUGUAAGCAUGUAUGCAAGGUGUCUAAGUGUAAAACAUGCUCGAAUAGUAUUUGAUUUGAUGCCACAUCGAGAUGUUGUAUCUUGGAAUGGAGUUUUAACAGCAUACUUCACAAACAAAGAAUAUGCGAAGGGUCUUGCCCUGUUUUCCCAGAUGAGCAAAGAAGGAGUCAAAGCAGAUGAAGCUACAUGGAAUGCUGUUAUUGGUGGAUCCAUGCAAAAUGGGCAAACAGAGGAUGCAUUGGAGAUGCUUAGGAAGAUGCAAUAUAUGGGAUUUAAACCUAAUCAGAUAACAAUUAGUAGUAUCUUACCAGCUUGCUCUAUUUUAGAAAGCUUGAGGAUGGGCAAGGAGGUACACUGCUAUGUCUUUAGGCAUUGGUUAAUUGGGGACUUAACAAGCACAACAGCUCUAGUAUAUAUGUAUGCUAAAUGUGGUGACUUGAAUCUUUCAAGGAAUGUCUUUAGUAUGAUGCCCAGAAAGGAUGUUUUUGCUUGGAACACGAUGAUCAUUGCAAACGCAAUGCACGGGAAUGGAAAAGAAGUGCUUUUGCUGUUUGAGAACAUGCUACAGUCAGGGGUCAAGCCCAAUUCCGUUACUUUUAUUGGUGUUCUGUCUGGUUGUAGCCACUCAAGGCUUAUAGAGGAAGGACUUCAGAUCUUCAAUUCAAUGAGUAGGGAUUAUCUAGUAGGACCUGAUGCUAAUCACUAUUCAUGUAUGGUUGAUGUCUUUAGCCGUGUCGGUCGCCUUGAUGAGGCAUAUGAGUUUAUACAGAGAAUGCCUAUGGGACCAACUGCUAGUGCUUGGGGAGCACUUCUUGGUGCCUGUAGAGUUUAUAAGAAUGUGGAGUUGGCAAAAAUUUCAGCCAAGAAACUAUUUGAGAUUGAGCCCAACAACCCCGGAAAUUAUGUUUCAUUAUUCAACAUACUUGUCACUGCCAAAUUGUGGAGCGAAGCUUCAGAAACCAGAAUAUUGAUGAAAGGGAGAGGAAUCACAAAAACUCCAGGCUGUAGUUGGCUUCAAGUGGGAAAUAGAGUUCACACUUUUGUUGUUGGAGACAAAAGUAACAAGGAGAGUGAUAAAAUCUAUAACUUUUUAGAUGAGUUGGGUGAGAAAAUGAAAUUGGCUGGAUAUAAGCCUGACACUGAUUAUGUUCUGCAAGAUGUUGAUCAAGAGGAAAAAGCUGAGAGUCUUUGCAACCACAGUGAGAAGCUUGCUGUUGCCUUUGGGAUACUUAAUUUGAGUGGACAAUCAUCUAUAAGGGUUUUUAAGAAUUUGAGAAUCUGUGGUGACUGUCACAAUGCCAUUAAGUAUAUGGCUAAGGUUGUUGGUGUAACGAUCAUUGUCAGAGACUCCUUGAGGUUUCAUCACUUCAGAAAUGGAAAUUGUUCUUGUCAAGACUUAUGGUGAUAAUUUGAAUUAGGUUGUUAGGAUUAAGUGGUAACAGUUAUUCUAUCUGAAUCUGUCUUAACCAAAUUUCAGUAGACUCAGUGUUUUGCUAUAAAUACAAUUGGAAAGUACAACUCCUGUGAUUUCGGUGAGUUGGAGACAUUAACAUUAACAAUAACUGUGGGUAGAUCAGCUAAUGUAUCUGUGUCAGAGAUUCUUAGCAAUAAAAAACAAAUCUCUGUCAAGAAAAUGUCUCUGUGGGGCU